AUGUCACAUGAUGAUGUUUUAUUAAUGACAGAAAGAUUAGAACGUUGGAAACAACGUUUACAAAAUUUGACCGAGAUCCAAUUGCCUACAGAUUAUCCUAGACCUUUGCCACCAAAAGUUGUAGAGGCAACCAAGAUAUUACAUUUGCCCGAAAUCACGGCAUUAGCCGUUUUGCAACUAUCGCUUGGUAUUUCUCCAACAAAUGGGUCAAAUCCUUCUCCAUUUUCAAUUCUGUUGGCUGCCUUCACCAUAUUGUUAUAUCGGUAUACUGGUGAUGAGGAUAUCACCGUUGGAUCUUCUUCGGAUUCAAGAAAUCCUCUCGUUUUAAGAAUACGUAUUGGCCAUACAGAUACUUUUGAACAAGUGCUCCAAAAAGUUCAACAAGUUGAACAAGAGGCCACUUCUGAUGAAGUCCCGUUUCACUUAUUAUUAUCAAAAUUAUUUCCUCCUAAAGACAAAAGGAGCAAUGCAGUAUCCAAGUCAACCAAUGGUGUAGGUCAAGAAUCACCUUCGAUACCAUCGCAUUCACCAUUAUUUCGCGUUCGUUUCUUUAAUCAGACGGAUAUCCCGGAAAAUCCGUUAUUACAAGUCACGUCAUCUACAACAGACUUGACGGUUUCAAUCACCUCACACUCCUCUUCUUCGUUACGUCAAGCACUUUUACCUUCAAUCGAAAUCAGAAUUUCAUAUAAUCAGAUUUUAUUUUCUGAAAAGCGUAUUUCCCAUGUAUUAGAUCAAUUAAUUACCGUUAUUAAUAAUGUACAUAAAAAUAAAGAAUUACGUGUAGCCGAGAUCCCUAUACUGACUAAAAAGUGUCUCGAUAUUCUCCCCGAUCCGCGUGCGGAUUUGGAUUGGUCCGGAUUUCAUGGUGCGAUUACGGAUAUUUUCUCUGAUAAUGCAAAAAAAUUUCCCGACAAGUCUUGUGUGGUGGAAUCUCGUGAUGGUAGUAAUAAGAGACGCGUAUUUACCUAUCGUCACAUCAAUGAGGCUUCUAACCUUGUCGCACAUCAUUUAAUUCAAAAUGGAAUUGAAAGGGAGGAUGUGGUUAUGGUUUACGCGUACCGUGCAAAAGAAGUUGAAACUAUGUUAAGUGGAGAAUAUAACUUGGCUAGUGAAAUGACUGACCUGCUGGAAAAUAAUGUUGUUGCAAAUAAAAAUAAGACCAAAGGUUCGAAGGAAAAUAAAGCAGAAUUUGAUUACGCUAGUGAUUAUGAGUCAUUGUUAACCGAACACAUACAAGAAAGUUAUGAGCCAAUUAUAGAGAAUUAUCCCAGGAAGAACUUCUUCGUUACCGGCGUUACUGGAUUCCUUGGAGCCUUUAUUGUUUCAUCUCUACUGGACUUUAGUAACGACAUUAAACUUAUUGUUCACGUUAGAGCUAAAACAAAAGCUCUUGCAAUGGAAAGAAUUAAGAAAAGUUGUAUGUCACAUCUAGUAUGGAGAGGCGAGUGGGAAACUCGAGGAAGGUUGGAAGUGGUCUGUGGUGAUUUGGAGGAAGACAGGUUAGGUAUUAGUGAAGAAGAGUGGAAAUCACUCGCAGAACGUAGCGGAUAUGGACAAAGCAAGUGGGUAUCAGAAAAAUUAAUUAUGGAAGCAAAUAAGAGAGGAAUGCCGGCCACGAUAAUAAGACCUGGAUAUAUAGUUGGACAUUCUACAACUGGGGUUACAAAUACUGAUGAUUUUAUUUGGAGGUUAAUCAAAGGAUGCAUUCAGCUAGGUGUAGUACCUACGAUUUAUAACACCAUCAACAUGUGUCCUGUUAACUACGUUGCCGAAUGCGUUACACGCGUAUCCUUAUCACCUAUUGCAGCGUCUAAGUGUGUUUUCCAUAUCACGCAUCCCUCAAGUCCAUCAUUUAGACUUGAUGAGUUAUUUUCUUGCUUGCCUCGUUAUGGAUAUACAGUAGAUAUAGCCGAAUAUAUUGUAUGGAGGAACAAAUUAAUGGAAUUUACAUUACAAGCAGGAGAUAAUGCAUUAUACCCGUUACUCCAUUUUGUCCUUGAUGAUUUACCGACAUCUACAAAGUCACCUGAAUUAGAUAAUACUAAUACGCGAGAAAUUGUUGGCAAAGAAUGUGAGAGAAUGGGAGAGAGAUUAAUAGGAAUUUACUUGGGUUAUUUAGUUAAAGUAGGAUUUUUGGAUAAGCCUGAUAUAAGAGAAAAUCAUCAAGGUUAUAAUAGAAUUUUAGAAUUACCAGACGUUUUUGUAGCUUUAGAAGGAGUUGAAGUUUUAAGAAGAAGUAAUAGAAGUUAA